AUGCGUGAUUCUGUUGAGGUUAGCUCCCUGAAUGCAGAACAAAGACGCAGUUUGAUCGAACUUGUUGCUGUCGUCGCGACAGCUCUUGGUGAGGCUCUCAAGAAUACGUUGUCGACCUACCGUGACUUGAGGCGGGCUCUCGCUCUUCUGCUGGCCGAGAUUAGAAAUAUCGAGCUUUUACAGGAUGACCUAUGGCGCAAAGGGUUGUUCCGGAACCUCACCGACGUUGCAUUCGAUUUCAACCGGGCCCUCAAUGGCGACUACCUGAAAUCGAACUAUCUGGAGGCAAUGAACGAGAAGUCAAGAAAGACCAGCCUUUUCUCAUGGCUGACAACGCCUGCAGCUAAUGCUCGAAAAUCCGUCCACGACUGGGCUACCAUGUAUCCAAACCUCUAUCUACUCCACGAACUGGUCAGGAACCUCGGUCGUUCGGAUAUUCGGACACAAGGUCUCCUAACGGAUGACGGCAGUCUCGUCCUCAAGCUAACUGAGUGUCUGACUUUUUGGAACGACUUGGUUGACCAAGCCUACGGGUGCGAAGUCAUCGAGUACGAGAAGAAGGCUUUGGAGAAUCGACGUGGGCACCCAUUUAUAGAUGCCACUGGAUUCUGCAAUGGACCUAGCGUUCGACAUCUCGCGGGGACCGUAUAUGAUGUGCUACAUCAUAACUGGCCUUGUCAAUCAGAAUUCCACGAUCAUACUGGAAAACUGGGACAUUGCACCAGUGCAAAGUUUUAUCUUGACCCUUUUUGGAGCUCGGAAUCUCCAGAUCCAUUGCACGGAAGCUUCUUCGUCUUGCUGGCUGGCUCAGACACUCUACAAGAAUGCCGAGUGCGUCUGCAUUCUAACGGAGUUACAACUGAGACUAGCACCCCGGUGUGUCUGGUAGAUCCUGCAGAUUCGCGUUCUGUUUGCCUUCAUCUUGCGAUGGACGAAAAUAAUAAUUUGUGGGACCAAAGCCUUGGUGAACCUCUGGAGGCUUUCCAGCCAGAUGAAAAGUAUAUGGAACUGGACCUUGGGAAGGUACUCAGGAUGGUAAAGCCCACCUAUGCAGCAAAACGAGUACUGGGGGUCAUUUUGGCAAGAUCUCUGCUGCACCUCAUAGAAGGACCGUGGGUAAAUCGGUGGCUGAAUAUCGACAACAUCUCCAUCUUCUGCCGGAUCGAGAACCAGAGACCGUAUCCGCUCUUUGAUAAGGUAUUCCUCUCAACCUUCUUCAAGACAGAUGGCGCACAGGGCAGGGAUAGUACGGCUCGACGAAACCCGUACAGUGUCCAUCCAUUUCCCGUCAUUCUCGCCCUGGGAAUCAUUUUAGCCGAGAUUGAGCUAGGUGAUGACUUAUGCGACUUAUACAGCAACCCAGAUAUUGAGAAGCUAAAAGGCCGACCAUAUCAGCUCGCUCCAAGGCUUCUACGUGAAUGCAGCCUGCGGUUUGGCGAGUCCGGUUUGCUACGCGCAGCCAGCUUCUGCGUUGAUAGGACGUCGUUUCUUCAAUUCGUCAACGCAAACCACGAAGAGCUUGUUGCAAACAGGGAUUUCGUGACCACCUACUAUAACAAGGCUGUGAGGCCACUUGAAGAGGAUCUAGAAAAAGGCGCCAAAUGGUCGAAGGACGAAGUGAAUCGCCUUCGUCGAAAUGGUUCCGGUCACGAUGUCGUUUGCAGGGUCAUUGCGGAGAUAAAAGACGGCAAUCUGGAGAAAAUAGAGCAGAAAGUGGAGCCAAACCAGAUGACAACUGACGCACGUGAGCGGCUGUCCGAGAAGGGAGCUGUUCUAGCUCGUACGCGAAGUCUAUCCAGCCUGUCAGAGUCCUCAGACAGUGCGGCCAGCGCAGAAAAUAUACUACAGACACACCAAACACAACGCCCAGGGUGUGAUGAAACCAGAAAGCGGUAUCCCCUAGCAACAACGGCACCAUCAAGGCCGACAUGUCGAGAGGACUUUGAAGUGGCCAUUAUCUGUGCACUACCCUUGGAGGCCAAUGCCGUUCUGUCUCUGUUCGAUCAGCUUUGGGACGAAGACACCUACACGUAUGGAAAAGAGGCGAAUGACCCAAACUCUUACUCUGUUGGAGUGUUAGGGGGUCGGAACGUGGUGCUUGCCCACCCCCCUCGAAUGGGCAGAACUGCAUCCGCCAGCGUCGCCGCGUUCUGUGCCUUGAGCUUCAAGAAGGUUAAACUUGCUCUGGUUGUGGGUGUUUGUGGCGGUGUGCCAUUUAACAAGUCCGAUAAAGAGGAGAUUCUCCUUGGAGAUGUGGUCAUCAGCAAAGGGGUCAUCCAAUAUGAUUUCGGCCGGCAGUUCUCGGACCAGUUUCGACGCAAGAUUGAUGUGGAACAUUCGUUAGGCAGGCCGAACGACCGAAUCGGUUCAUUGCUUGCCAAGCUGGAAACGAUAGUACACCGAGCAAUCCUCCAGCGGAAAACCUCGCAGUUCCUAUCAGAAAUCGAGCAUGAUGUGGCUUCUUAUCCGGGUGACGAGGAAGACAAACUGUACAGGUCGUCCUACCGGCACAAGCACCAAGACCCUCAAGUCUGCCCAAUAUGUGCAGCCUGCAAACGGCACACGGAUUCGGUGUGUGAUCUCGCGCGAACUUCAACAUGUGAAGACCUUGGUUGUGACGAUAGGCAACUAGUCCGCCGCCGGCGUCGCAAUCGAUUGAAUAGCCCGAUUGUUCACAUUGGCCUUAUCGCCUCAGGAGACAGUGUUGUCAAGUCCGAGAUACAUCGGGAUCAAGUGGCUGCGGAGAGCAAUAUCAUUGCGUUCGAAAUGGAGGGCGCAGGGGUGUGGGAUACUUUUCCCUGCGUGAUCAUCAAGGGCGUCUGUGACUAUGCCGACAGUCACAAGAAUAAGCGAUGGCAGGAAUAUGCUGCGGCCACUGCAGCUGCUUGUACCAAAGCAUUUCUACAGCAGUGGUGA